AUCUAGCAAUUAACUCAACUUCCACAUCAUACCAUUAUUACUUACCAAGCCUCUGAUUCAAAUUAAACCGGAAGAUCAAUAGAAACAAAUUAAGAUCGAUGAUGAACCUGUUGUCCUUUUGUCUCCUUCUCACUUCACUGGCAGCAGCCGGAGUGUGGUCUCCAAGCCCAGAGCGGCAGAAGCAGAGGCAAGGAGAUGGUCAGGACGUGAUAGUGAAAGAAGGCCAUAGAACGAUUGUUGUUGAGUAUGAACAAGAUGGCCAGCCUAACACCAUAGUCUCUAUCUCACCAGAGCAACACCACAUACGCAAGCCCGAUUCUAUUGCCAGCGCUGAAGGGGGCAUCUCAUCCGCCGCAUCGGGUAUGGUAGAAAACGUUAAGGAGAAUAUAAAAGAAGCCUCCUCAUUCCUUCCGAAUCUCGGCCAAGGCCUUUCACAGUCGUCUGAAAACGGUGAGAUCAGAGAGAGCUAUGUCACUCAUAAGGAGCUCAUAUGCGACGCCUUAGGCAAAUGCAAGCACAAGAUAGCAAGUGCAAUGGGUAAGGCUAAAGAGAUGGUUUCUAAGACGGCACACGAGGCGAUUGACAAGACGAAGGAGGUGGCACAUGAAGCAAAAGAAGAGGCAAAGGAGAAGGCACGCGAGGUUGGAGAGGCUGCAGGGCACACAUUAGGUAAAUCGAAAGAAACGGUACCCAGGAAAGCUCGCGAGGUUGAAGAACGCGUUAAAGAGUGUGUAAAGGAUGCAAAGGACAUUACCAAGACGAUUGGAGAGGAUAUAGCCAGGAACGUGUCAGAUAGAGUGGAGAUGGCUAAAGAAGAUGUGGUGGAGAAGGCCAAAGAAGCCAAGCAGACGGCAGAGCACGCUGCGGACAAGUUAAAGACUGAUCAGAGUAAGAAGAAAUUGAGUUGGAAAUUCGAGCGAGGACGAGAGGUUGGGCGUGAUGCUGCCAAGUACGUGAAGUCCCCGGAGACAAUGAGUUGCUUGAUGUGUGUGAUCAACUUACUGGGGUUGGCCACGGCUUACGGGAUGUGCGUCUGGGUUACAUUCAUUUCGAGCUAUAUACUGGCCGGGGUCCUUCCGAGGCAGCAGUUCGGGAUAGUUCAGAGCAAGAUAUAUCCUGUGUAUUUCAGUACCAUGGCUGUUAGCAUCGGGGCGUCUUUGAUGGGGCUCUUGUUGGGCAAUACGAAGAGUUUGUUCUCAAGUAAAGCCGAAAGGUUUCAAGGCUAUUAUCUAUUGGCCUCGCUUUUGAUGGUUUUCUUCAAUAUGCUUUUCUUGGAGCCACGAGCCACUAAGAUCAUGUUUGAGAGGAUAAAGAUGGAGAAGGAAGAAGGAAGAGAGAGAGGAACUGACUCAGAGCAGGAAAUUAUCAGGAUUCGGAUUGUUAGAUUAAAUGACAAGCUUAAGAAGUUAAACACCUACUCGUCUUUCCUCAACAUCCUGACCUUGAUGGCUCUCAGUUGGCAUCUCGUUUACCUAGGCCAGCGUCCUCAGUACUUGACCUGCUAAUGGAAGUGUUGUUUUGUAUAUAUGCUGCUCUCUCUCUCUCUCUCUCUCUCUAUAUAUAUAUAUAUAUAUAUAUAAAUGAUCUGUUCUUCCCGUGUAUAUAUAUAUGUGAUACUUGUGCUCUAGGUUGUGACAUGGACGGAAAUACAUGAGAAACUUUCUUAA